AUGUUGAUAAAGUUUCUUCUUGUUGCCAAGAUGGCGGCGCCCAUUGUCCGCGCUCUUUGUCGGCUCCGGUUCCGGCUCCGGCUCCGGCUCCGGGCCCGGGUCCCGGGGACAGGGACAGGGUCCGGGCUCGGGCUCCGGGCCCUGAGUAGCGGCUCUGGCUCUGGCUCUGGCUCCGGCUCCGGCUCCGGCUCCGGUUCGGGAGGACAGGCCGGGGAGGAAGCCGGUUCCAGGCCCGGCUCCUGGGGGCCACUGGGCCUGGGCCUGGGCCUGGGCCUGGGCCUGGGCCUGGGCCUGGGCCUGGGCCUGGGCUCGGCGGCGGGGCUGCUGCUGUGGCGGCGGCGGCGCCGGGAGGAGGAGGACCCGGGGAGCCGGAGGCUCGGCUCAGGCCUCGGGUUGUCCCGGCUCCUCCCCGCCGUCCAGGCCGCCCGGCCCGUCCCCCCGGACAGCCCCCGCUUCAGGUUCAACUUCAUCGCGGAUGUGGUGGAGAAAACCGGACCGGCGGUGGUUUACAUAGAAAUCCUGGGGAGGCACCCGUUCAGUGGUCGGGAAAUGCCAAUUUCCAAUGGUUCAGGAUUCGCGGUGACACAGGACGGACUCAUCGUCACCAACGCCCAUGUGGUGGCCAACAAGCGGCGGGUGCGGGUGAAGCUGGCAAAUGGGGAGAUGUACGAGGCGUCAGUUCAAUCUGUUGAUCAGGUGGCUGAUAUCGCCACCAUCAAAAUCAACCCCAGGGCUCCUCUCCCUACGCUGCCCCUUGGUGUAUCCUCUGAGAUCAGACACGGGGAGUUUGUCGUUGCAAUGGGCAGUCCCUUUGCCCUCCAGAACACCAUCACCUCCGGGAUCGUCAGCUCGGUGCACAGAGGGAGCCGGGAGCUUGGCUUGGCCCGUUCGGAUAUGGAAUAUAUUCAGACCGAUGCUUCCAUUGAUUUUGGAAACUCUGGGGGUCCUCUUGUCAACUUGGAUGGGGAGGUGAUUGGCAUUAACACCAUGAAGGUGACAUCGGGAAUCUCAUUCGCUAUUCCGUCCGACCGGGUGCGACAGUUCCUCCUGCAAGCUGAGCAGAGUAAAAGUGAGUUCUCAUGUCAGCUUAGAGUAUUAUAG